AGUGGAAGAAGAAGAGGAAAGGCAGCGGCGAAAGGCUGAGAUCCGGGAAGGCAGUUGUGGAGUCGCCGACAGCUGAGAUUGGGGAUGUAGUUGGCCGUCGGUGACUUCGCUGCUCUGUUUUCUUUUUACUUUCUGGUUGCUUCUGCACAGAGAUGAAGGGCGUGCGUUCUGGUUUUGCUUUUGCAGAGACAAAGGACUGGAAGCCGCAGACGGAGGCCACGUGCGAGCAGCAGGUUCCCGAUUUCUGGCUGAGAUACGAGGAGGCAGUUGUGGAGUCGUCGAUGGCUGAGAUUGGAGACAAAGGAUCGGAAGCCGCAGACGGAGGCCACGAGCGAGCAGCAGGUUCGCGAUUUUUGGCUGAGAUCGGGUACGGAAAGGCCGGUGGUGGUGACUGGUGCGUGGUACUGGUGGUGGUCCGGUGGUGCUGUUCUUCCCCUGCUUUCUUUUGUUUUUAAUUUCUCUUGGGUUUGCUUUUGCAAUUUGUUGCGAUUUUUAUUUUUAAUUAAAGUUAAUGGUGUGGGUAAUUAACUAAUUAUGUUAAAAAUUAAAUAAAUUAAUUUAAUUAGU